GUGUGGGGGAUAUGUUGGCAGCUGCCCCACCAUGGCCUCCUGGGCUCUCCUGCUCCUUGCCUCGGUGCUCCUGGGCUCCUCAGAUCUGGCCUUUUCUAGCCUGACCCCUGAGUGCUACGACCUGGAGACGGCCAACCCAUGUGAUGGAGAGCAGCUGCACCAGGGCCUGGCCCUGGAGGACCCCCAGGGUAAGCUGCUGACCACAAGAGAGGAGCAGGGCAUCACUUGUUGGCUCUGCAAGAAGAUAAUCAAGCGCCUGCGGAGAAUUGUGGGAGAGCAGCCAAAUGAGGACACCGUCGCCCAGGCUGUGUCCCGGGUGUGCGACAAGCUGAAGCUGCUGAAAGGUGUCUGCAGGAGGACCAUGAAUAAAUUUCUUGGACGCAUCGCCCAGGACGUCACGGCUGGCAAAACCCCCCAUGACGUUUGUGUGGACAUUCUUAUAUGCAAGUCUUGAGCAGGUCCCUUGUGAGCCUCUGGGGCCUCUGGCUGCACCCUGAGGAGAAAGCACAAGAACUCCAGCCCUGGCAGCUGCUCCCUCCUUCCUAAAUCCAGAGCCAGCCUCCAGCUUCUCUCGUCUUCCUCCUCCAUUGCCUU